CUUACGGAAGCUGUGCAGUCAUCCGGCGAUGGUCAUGGAUUUGGCAUUGCCGGCGCAUCGCGCCGCUGCCGCUUCUGUACUGCACACGAGCGAGGCCGCCGCCGUCGAGUCGGCGUUACGGCGACUGCGUCACUCGCCCAAGUUGGCCGCGUUACGCGACAUCCUAACUACCUGCGGCGUCAUUACGGCGUCGACGGCGGAUAGUGACGAGGACGGCGGCGGUGGAGCCGCCGCCGCCGCUAGCGGCGGUGACGACAGUGGCGCAGAGGAAGGCGGCGGCGGCGGCAGCAGCGGUCACCGUCUGCUGGUAUUCGCUCAGCAUAAGGCCCUGCUGGAUAUCGUGGAACGGGAUCUGCUGACGCCGUACGGCGUGUCGUACUUGCGGUUAGACGGCAGCGUGGAGGCGGGUGCUCGGUUCGGCAUCGUGCAGCGCUUCAACAGCGACCCCACCAUUGACGUGCUGCUGCUGACGACGGGGGUGGGCGGUGUGGGCCUGAACCUCACCUCCGCGGAUACGGUGGUGUUCUUGGAGCAUGACUGGAACCCCAUGAAGGACAUGCAGGCCAUGGACCGCGCGCACCGGCUGGGUCAGCGCCGUACCGUCAACGUGUACCGCAUCCUGACCCGUGGCACACUCGAGGAGCGCGUCAUGGGGCUGCAGCAGUUCAAGAUGGACGUGGCGGCCGCCGUCGUCAACGCGGACAACGUAUCCAUGGACAAUAUGGACACGUCCUCGCUGCUCGACGUGUUCGGCGCGACGGGACCGCCGGGAGGCAGCGGCGCCGCAGGCGCCGCUGCCGGCGGCGGCGGCGGCUCCGCCGGUUCGCUGCUUCCGUCGGAGGUUGAGAUGGCGGAGGCUGAGGCGCUGGCGGCGGCGGCGGGCGACGGAGGUCGGAAGGGCGGCAAGCCCGCGCCGAAGAGCGGUCUGGCGGCGGCACUGGCGGCGAUGGGAGAGCUGUGGGAUGAGUCGCAGUACAGCAGUGAGUUUAGCAUGGAUACGUUUAUGAAGAAGAUUGGGGGCGGAGGUGCUGGAGGUGCGAAGCAGUAGUAGAGAGGUGGGUGUGCCGGUAAAAGGGUAUGACAAGAUCGGCACAGGAGGAUGAGGGGCGGAGGUGUUUCGGCUGUUACCGGUGAUGGGGUUUGGUUCUUGGGUUGUUGUCGGAGGUAGUAGCAGUAAUGGAGUUGGGUUACCUCGGUUUAAACAUGCGAAUGCUCAGCCCUUGCUAUAUUGUAGACGUGUCAAGCGCAUGCUUGGUACGACGGGUCCUGACGGGCCCGAACAUUUAUGUGUUAGUCAGGCUAGUUGCUUGGCGUCCACUCUCGCUAUGCUUGUAGUGUUCCGUAGCCAGUAGCGGUAGCAUCAGCUAUGUUCUACGUUGGAAAUUCGGUUGCCUAAGCAGGCAACCCGUGCCUUUAGCGUACAGAUAAGCUAGCCUAGGCCAGCACUGGCAGUUACAGGGCCGGGUCGGUCAUACAGAAGUCAGUGCAGACUAGGUACGCGUGACAGUACAGCUUGUAGCGUCGCUCAGGAGGCUAGGCGAUGAAGAUGCGAAAGCGUUGAUGAUGAUGAGUGAACUGAGGUUGUGCAGUGACUACUCGAUCUAUCUUGCUUACUCGUUACAUCAUAACUUCAUAAGGCUUGGGCCGACGGCCCUUUCGUGCAGUCGGCGGCGGCCAUGCUUAGUUGCAUGGGUUCACACGGCCUUCAAGGUUUAGGAGCUUGGGGGCCUUAGGGGAGCUUAAGAGGCCUCAAGGGGCAGACAGUUACCGUGGUGCGUGUCGUUGGCUAACGGCGUCAUUGUGCUAAUAUUCGGAGUUUUCAGGUGCGCACAGAUGUCAGGGUAGGAAGGUGUGGGGGUGCUAGAGGCAGCCUUCCAUGCAGAAGGACAUUAAGGGGGGGGGCUCAGGCUCUGGAUUGUGUUUCUGAGAACGCACAGCGCCGGACGGCACCCCUGGCAAGCCGGCCUUGGAGGUUGUUGCUUUGAUGGGGGAGGUCGGAUGCAGCAGGAUUGCAGGAGAUGUCGUGAACGAUACCCUGGUAGGAGGUUGAGCGCUCGGGACUCCUUAGACUCCCAUAGUUCGCCGACCUACAAUACCCUCGCCCCGCCCCCACCUACAAUACUAACCAACACUUUGUCUUGUGGCGCCCUGCCAACUCCU